AUGAGAUCAGUGUCACUUUUAACAGUGUAUACAUAUAACAAGCAAUGGUACUUAUGUUGCGUUGUGGCCAGGACUGUCCGACUGGCCACCUACACCGACGUCGAUAUUACCACCACACUUAAGUUCUUACCUGAUUAUGAGCCAGUAAAACCAUCUAGAUGUCAUAAAAUAUCCUUUGUUCCAGCUGGUAAACUUCUUCCCACCAAAAAGCAUUCAAAAAUUCAAGGAAUCCUUCACCUGGCCUCUGAUUGGAGAUUAUUGUCAGACUUAGAUUUAACCCUAAUAGUACCACCUUAUCUUGCUGUAACUCAACUUCGUCCGGACAUACUUUUAACUUCUGCCAUGACUAAAAUUGUAAUUAUCCUUGAAUUAACUUGCCCAUGCGAAGAGUACAUGGAGACUUGGCAUGGAGUCAAGGUUGAUAAAUACUUGUCACUUUGUUCCGUCAUGAGAUUAAACAAUUGGUCUGUGCAUUUCUUUGUUGUUGAAGUAGGAGCUAGGGGAUUUUGUUCCGAAAAUGUCAGAAUCUGCCUCCGUCGCCUCGGCUUUUCUAACAUGUCUGUGCGUUACACUCUGAAAUCUCUUACUGAGUCAUCUAUGCGAUCGUCGUUUUACAUCUGGCUAUCUCGAGAUUCUUUGUCUUAA